AUGGACAGCUAUGUAAAGAAGCAAACAAACAAACAGAAAAAUGCCAGAGACAAACAAAGAAGAAAGCAGAAAAUAGGACAUGAACAAAUCUUCAGCCCAGCUGAAACCAAAACCCAGCCUGAUAACUGGAACAACACAAAUAAAGUGCAGAAUCACAGACUCCAGCAGCCAGAAAGGAAAACAGAUGCCAACAGUACACAUUUCAAGACAAGGCUUCCAGGAGAACUACCAAGAUACUUUCUUAACACACAUAGAUUCAGAAAACGCAGUAAGGAAACUUUAACCCAGAGAGAUAUUUCAGACGGGUGGAAAUUGCAGCAGCUCACUUAUAAACUUAUAAGAAAACCACAACAGCUAGCAAUAAAAAUUCAUUUAUGCAGAGGAAGUAGCAUAGAGAGAAGAUCAUUAGUGCAGAUGAAUCAGCAUACUGAGACGGUUAAACCACCAGAGAAGACCGAAAAUGUAACAGUUAACAGAGAAUUAAUUGUGAGUAAAGAAGCAGCCAUCUGA